GCUCUUCUAUCUUCUUGCCUUGUUUCUCAUUCCUUUCUUCAUUUCCACUUUAUUCUUUCAUUCUUAACUUCAUUUCGUCAGAUGAACUCUCUUCCAGUUGAAACCUUUCAAUUGGUCUGCUCUUAUUGCAGUCUUCAUGUGCUCGCCAACCUGCGACUUGUCUCCAGGGAGUUCCGUGACCUUGUUGAUGGUUCAUUGACAGCCAGGAGGGCAUUUGCGACGCCUAGCAACGUGAUUGCACCCAGAAGCGAGCAUGAUCCUACUGCCUGCUAUAUUCGCAUCGCUCUCAACCGCCAACAUAGUCCUAUCACAGCCAUCUUUGACCGAUAUGAUCCACAACAUAAUUACUUGGAGUUUGUACAAUCUGCACCUGCUGCGAUUGAGCAUUCUGGAUUUAGUCCAUCCGCGCAGGGAGAAGCAGUAACCCCCAGGGCUCCUAGCCCUUACAAUGAUUCCACAUUAGGACGACUUGAUCUUAAUCUAUGGGAACAGCAACAACAAGAACGAGCAGUAGCCACAGCCACAGCAUCUGAUGCUCCUGAGGGGCCGAGCCCUGGCUCAGUACAAAGGCCACGGAGCUCCAGCAUCGCUCCAGCAUCCUUUAUCCGGGGCACAGAACAACAGAUCCAGAAUGAGUUGACGAGCAGUGGCCCUGUCACGCCCUUAUCUCAAAUAAGACCCAUUCGCCAUGCUCAAACAUCUUCAUUUGGUAUGUCAUCGCCGCCCUCAUCUAAUCUUAUAGGCCCAGGCACUAUUUCUGCAGGAUUACCAAGAGAUGCUGCUAAUCAGAGUAGCAGUGAAAACUACAUGACAAGGUUUGCUCGGAUGGUCCUAGGUACGACAGGAACAGGGCCACAGGCGAGUCAGACAAUGCCGGGUAUGUCAGCCACACAGCUGAUUGAGGAAGCACGUCAAUUGAUUCAUACUGUUGAGUCGGAUAUUCGCACGUCCAAGAAGCAGUACAAAUUUUUAUUGACAGAGGGAGUUCAUCAUGUGGGAGACAAUGGCUUCAUUAUGCGGUAUACAAUCUCACAGGGAGCUUCUGUACCAAAAAAGCUUCUUUUCACGGUGAAUUUCAUUCGAGUAUCAUGGAAAUGGGUCUCUUCUGGCGUUCUUACUAAUUAUACAGCAACAACAACAGACCUUAUGACGUUGGAGGAUCCUUUUCCAGACCAGAGGCUUGGCAGGAUGUAUGCGUCACGAUAUAACCAGCUCUUGCGGGAGAUCAAAAAACGAGAGUUGGAUCACUAUGUUCGCGGAGAACUCGCAUUAGAUGGAUACGAUGUAACACUCUUACCACGGGACUUUAUUUCCGUGAAUUUAGUAUCAGCACCAGUUCUGGCGUGGAUUACCGGUUGGCAUCAAAAAAACCGAAGGGGACACCAGCAGACCGCAAAAGCUGCUCCUAAUGAAUUAAAGGCAAAUGUGGAGGAAGAUGGCCAUGAAAAAGAGAAAGUGGAUGGUGAAAAUGAUUCAGAGGCCGAAUGGGAGGAAGUUACGCCGUACUCCAAGCUUGGCAAAGCGAUAGGUGAAGCGACAAUAGAUAAGGGUAUGGAGAAGAGCAAGGAGGAUGAUGAAGAUCGGAAUGCGCUCGAUAAUCUUUUGCAGAGUAUGAAGCAACAGCUAGGCUUCUUGAACUCAAGGAAUAUCUUGGAAGAGAUGCUUGCAAUGCAGGGUUAUCCACGCGAGCUUGUAUGGAAGUAUGGGAUUGUGCGUCGGGAGAUGAUGGGUAGUGUCCCUGAAGUGGCGCAGGCAAGACAAUUGCUCCAGAAGAUUAUCAACAGUGAGAACAACAGCAAUAAGAGAAGUGUUCAACAUGCUCCCUAAUAAAAUGGACCAUAAUAGAUCUCACGUGGAAUGAGAAUCUGAUGGUUGCACAGAUUUGAC